AUUGCAAAUUCCUCUACUUUUACAGCAAUGAUGAUGAAAGCUACAUGGAGAAUCCAUUGUUGUGUGGAAGCAGCAUAAAAGAGAGAGAGAGAGAGUCAUUGUCAAUUAGAACUGGAAGCUCUGUGAUAGAUGGAAGAUAAAGUUAAUGGAGAAUUUACUUCUCAGUCCUUGGAUUGAAAGUGGCAUGGAAAGCAUUGAGGAAAACCAGCAUUUUUUACAAAGAGCAGAUUGCUUUUUUUGUUUUGUUUUAUCUGCUCUGAAUUAUAUAGAUCAUGAAGUUUUUGCAACUUUUUGGACGACUGAAAUCAGCUGUCGUAGGCAUGGUCCAUGUGAAAGCACUGCCAGGAACACCUAGGAAUACUUUGCCAGUGGCUCAGAUCACCGAAGAAGCUUGUCGGGAAGCUGAAAUUUACAGGGCUGCAGGAGUUGAUGGUUUGAUUGUUGAAAACAUGCACGAUCGACCAUACACCGUCCGCAUCGGUGCAGAAAUUACCGCAGCCAUGACGGUCGUUUGUGCCGCCGUGAAGCAGGUGUGCCCGGCUCUCCCCCUGGGCGUUCAGAUUUUGUGUGCUGCCAAUCAGCAAGCUCUAGCUGUUGCUCUUGCCACAGGUCUUGACUUUAUUCGAGCCGAAGGCUUUGUUUUCUCUCAUGUGGCAGAUGAAGGGAUUCUAAAUGCCUGCGCUGGAGACUUAUUAAGAUACCGGAAGCAAAUAGGAGCAGAUCGUGUUCAAGUUUUUGCUGACAUUAAGAAGAAACACAGUGCUCAUGCUCUGACAGCUGAUGUCAGCGUAGCAGAGACUGCUAAGGCUGCUGAAUUCUUUCUGGCGGAUGGAGUCGUGUUGACAGGAACUGCGACCGGAUUGGAGGCGGAUCCCAAAGAACUGGAAGAAGUCGGGCGUGCUGUGAAGAUUCCAGUGCUGAUUGGAUCUGGAGUGACUCUGGAGAAUGUGAAAGACUACUUGGGUGCAAAUGCCUUGAUCAUUGGUUCACAUUUCAAGAAAGAAGGGCACUGGGCAAACAGCGUUGAUUCAGAUCGUGUGAGGUGGUUUAUGGAUCAUAUUGGUAAACUCAGAGAGAAAAUUUUUUAGCAUCAUCUGCCACUAUGGUUCUGAUUGGGUUGUAAUGUACAGUAUAGUCUAAUUUUCCAAAAUUGUCCACUCCUGGGGACAGGUGGGAAUUCUUUCCUUCACUCAGAAAUAGGUUUUUAAAAAUGUUUAGAAAAAUGGUUCAGAAAGAGCCUUCAGAGCACCUCACAAAAAGAAUAAAACAAGCAUCAAAAAGCAUAUUUAAAACAUGCGUGAAAACCUGUAUUCAGAGCAAUCAAAACCUAAGUUCGCAAGUUACAGUGAACACAUUUACAAUCCAUGUACAUGUACAUUGAUUUUUCUUCAUAUAGACACUGAGCAAUUCUCAUGUUAAAUUCAACACAUGUACAGCUGUAAUUUAAGCCCUAUAUUUACCCAGGUACCAGUCCCCAGUUUCAUUUGUAAGCUGAAUCUGUAUUGCAUAUUUCUUACAGACAUAUGUAUCUGCAGAAUGCAUGUUCAUUAAUGCCCAUUAAUGUAGAAGUUGCAAAUCAGCAUAUUUACAUGGGCACCUGCACUGAGGGGGAAAAAAGACAUGGGUUGCCUGGAUGUUUUCAAGCCCAGUUCAGGGGCAGAUUUCAGUACAGAAACCCCUAAACCAGAAGUGUCAAACUCAUGUGUUAUGAGGGCUGGAUUUUACAUAAAUGAGACCUUCUUGGGCCAGGCCAUGUGUGUCAUAAAAUGCAAUGGCAGGUAGCAGAGAUAGGAUACAAACACAAUUAAAGAUUUUUUUAAAAAAAAUUAAAUAAAAUAUGCUUAAAACAUUAA